CACAACCAAGGAAUGCACUUUUCGUUGAAAAAUAAAGCUAAGAAAAUUGGGCCAAUUUUGCCAAAAAACGGCCGAGGUUAGUAUGGCGAUUUUCUUUUCAUGGACGUGAAAAUGUCAUCGUGAAAUGUCGCCAGCGGUGUGCUGGAGAGCCAAGCAACGACAUCUACAAAGUGCUGCUCACAGCGAGCAGCACCGAUGGAGGUCGUCACGGCACACGAGGGGGUGGGUGGCCAGCACCACGUCCGGCCGCCUUUGUCUCCCUAGUGGCGAUGUUGACACACCGCACCGGGUACUCGUUUUAGGCUAAGUCGAAACUCGCUCCCUUUCUGUCAACAAACUUGAACUCUGACCCCGCUCUCUGACGUCACCGCUCAGCGUGACCUCAUCGGCGUCAAACGCCAGGGGGAGGUGUUCCUCGCUAGUGACGUCAUGUCACCCACCCCCGACCACCGCACUCUUGAGCGUGACGUCAUCUCUGCUCGGCCGCUGCCGUUAUCUGUCCCAGUGCCAAUCCUUAUUUGGGCAAAGCCACGCCCGGCACGUGGCGGCUCAUUAACAUAAUUUAUUCGUGAAAGCCGUCGCGAGUUGAGAGCCGCUCAUUGUGGGAGGGGAGUGUCAUCGUACCCCGCAAGUGACGUCAUGUCACCUGCUGCCGCGUGACGUCGCGAGGGACCAGGAAGUUGCCGCUCCGCCCGUGAACUGAAAUCCGAGGCCAAGCCCGCUUGAGCUGCUAUACCGCUCUUGUUUUCAGAAGUGACCUGCCCACAACAGCAACAAGCUGUCGCUUCCUCUGCAGAAUUGGUCUGAUGGAGCAAAGGCACUCGGCGCGACUCGGUGCAAAAAGGCAACAAUGCGACCUGCGUGCCAACAGCACAGAUCGUACUGAACAUUUGACACAGCACCAGAGAACUCAAACAGCAGAGAAACCCGUCAAGUGCAGUGUGUGUGGGAAAACGUUUGCACAGUCAUCUACUCUUGUAAAACACCAGAGAACACACACAGGAGAGAAACCCUUCAAGUGCAGUGUGUGUGGGAAGGCAUUUUCACAGUCAGCUACUCUUGUAGCACACCAGAGAAUACACACAGGAGAAAAACCCUUCAAGUGCAGUGUGUGUGGGACGGCGUUUGCACAGUUAUCUGCUCUUGUAAAUCACCAGAGAACACACACGGGAGAGAAACCCUUCAAGUGCGGCGUGUGUGGGAAGGCGUUUGCACUUUCAUCUACUCUUGUAGAACACCAGAGAACACACACGGGAGAGAAACCCUUCAAGUGCAGUGUGUGUGGGAAGGCGUUUGCACAGUCAUCUACUCUUUUAAAACACCAGAGAACCCACACGGGAGAUAAACCCUUCAAGUGCAGUGUGUGUGGGAAGGCGUUUGCAAAGUCAUCUACUCUUGUUAAACACCAGAGAACCCACACGGGAGAUAAACCCUUCAAGUGCAGUGUGUGUGGGAAGGCGUUUGCAAAGUCAUCUACUCUUGUUAUACACCAGAGAACACACACGGGAGAGAAACCCUUCAAGUGCAGAGUGUGUGAGAAGGCGUUUGCACGGUCAUCUACUCGUGAAGCACACCAGACAACACACACGGGAGAGAAACCCUUCAAGUGCAGUGUGUGUGGGAAUGCGUUUGCACGGUCAUCUGUUCUUGUAAUACACCAGAGAACCCACACGGGAGAUAAACCCUUCAAGUGCGGUGUGUGUGGGAAGGCGUUUGCACAUUCAUCUACUCUUGCAGAACACCAGAGAACACACACAGGAGAGAAACCCUUCAAGUGCAGUGUGUGUGGGAAGGCGUUUGCACAGUCAUCUGCUCUUGUAAAACACCAGAGAACACACACCGGAGAGAAACCCUUCAAGUGUGGUGUGUGUGAGAAGGCGUUUACACGGUCAUCUACUCUUGUAGAACACCAGAGAACACACACGGGAGAGAAACCCUUCAAGUGCAGUGUGUGUGGGAAGGUGUUUACACUUUCACCAAAUUUUCAAAGACACCAGAGAACACACAAGCAUCACAAUAUCCACAAGGAGUGGAGUCUGAAAUCAGCUUGUGAAAGUCAAAGUGAUGCAAUGAGUGUAUCCCUCAUGAAACAAGAACCGGAAGAAAAUCCCAGCUUGGAUACUUUGAAAGAUAUCGAGGUGAAACGUGAAGAUGUGAAGGUGAAAUGUGAAGAAGUGAUGGUGAAGAGCGAAGAAGUGAAGGUAAAAUGUGAAGAUGAAGAUUCAACUCCAAAAUCGGACCUUCACAUCGAUGGAGGCAACGUGAAGCAGGAGGAUAAUUCUCACUGUGAGACAGAGCGAGGCAACUCCCAGCAGUUUGUGGAAGUGGAGGUGUGGGUUGACUUCCUCCGUGACAAUAGAAAGUCAAAUGGAGACCCGGGAGAUGUGUAAGCUUGAGACGAUGUCGCUCCAAUAGACGCACCUUUGUCACAGGCCUUUAAUGACAAGAAUGUGAAGUUGAACACUCGGUUCUUAGUUUCAACCUGCAGGGUAAGAGCGGCCAGUCUUUGUGGACCUGUGUGUUGGGUAGAUUUCUAACCAGGAGCGAGAGCCAAUAAGCUCCCAAGCAUUCACUGUUAUAAAUUGCAUUCAUAUGGUGCUUACUUAAUCGCCUCGGCAACUCGGAGUUUUGUAUCGUAUCUCGUUUCAAACACUCGAAGAGCACCCCCAAGUAGCAGCUGCCCCUGUGUGGUGUUGUGUAUGUACCCCCUUUUUAUUUUUUUUAAUAUUAUUUUUUUUUUAAGAAUUAUUCUGCCAACAUAGAUGAUAUCGUUUUUUUUAAUAGACGCGGCCACGUGGGAACGAACACGCCCCCACACUUCCACAGAGGCCCCCACACUACCACAGAUGCGCGCACACCUCAUUUCAAAGGAAAGAGGACAUGAAAGGGGGGGCAAUAAGGUAAUAAAAACUCCCCUAAAUUCACACAAGAGGAACAAGGGAGGGGGGAAUGGCAGGCGGGGGGUUGCAGGGCCGGGCAUCACGGAGGAAGAGAUAAUUAUAUUCUGAACAAAGAUAAGCCGGGAUAUCAGAUUAAAUAAUCACAAGAAGUCAAAUAAUAAGUACGGAAUUAAAGUAGAAGAGGAAUCAAGGGCGGAGAAGGCUCUCAAAAUUAACCAAACACAACAACCCAUGGGAAGCGAGCAACACGGCCGCCUUUGUCUUUCCGAGAGGAUCUCCACACGCAGGCACAAAGCUAGGAAAUGACACCCAUAAAAGGGGCAAUGGCUCAAAGGAAAUUAACACGUCUUCGAAUAAAUAAGCGCAUGCGCCGGGUGCUCCCACCGUGAAAACAACCGCCUUUGUCUCCCCACAACACGGACAGCAAAAAUUGCACACGCGAGGAAAUAACAUUUCCGUGAGAGAUCGGGUCACGAUGAAACAUCGUGAACACGGUUUCGGCAUAACCAAGCAGCAAAUAAGUCGCAUUUCAACUUCCAAACCAAACCAACUUAAGCUGUGUGAGACAAAGGAUGUGAUCCCAGAGCAAGGAAGGGAAUAAUUAAGCUCGCUUAACGCGUAGGUUUUCGCGACAAAUAUUAUUCAGUAACAAAACAUGGAUUCGAAUGUUUUUUUUUAUAACUCGACGCGAAUCAUCGGUCUGGCUAAUGGAUAACUUCGGUGGCACCGUCACGAGGCCCCCACCCCCACCCCUUUCUUCCAGAACGACACACAUAUGUGUCUUCAAAGCUAAUAAACACACGGACAAACACGCACGCGAAACACACGGACGGACACACACACGGACGCAGAUGGUUCAGCCCACAGGAAGGUUUUAUGACACAGCCUUUGAACAACUCGGGAAGCCGAGUGGAAUUUCCAGAUAUAAACCGAAGAAAAAUCCAUACAAAGCAGAUCGUCAGGGGCUCUGGCCCCCAUCACAGAUCUCCAGGGCUUCGGCUCCAUCUCUUCUCGUCGCCGCCAACGAAGAAGCUUUUCGUCAUCCAGAAGGACGAGGAUCGCGCGGUGCCGAGGCAUCGCCUAUCGCACACGAGUGUACGAGCCCAGCUCUCUUGCCGUGUCACCACGCCGAGGUGCAUCGCCUGCCGCACACGAGUGUACGAGCCCAGCUCCCCUGCCGUGUCGCCACGCCGAGGUGCAUCGCCUGACCACGCAAACGAGCGUGGCCGCGCCGUCAGUCAUCGUACGGGGUCAGCCGAGGGAGGAGUCGGAAAGCGAGCCGCUCACCCUCUCGCCGCAGCUGCGCAAGCCAGAGGGUCCUUCUCCGAAAGUCGUUCGUACCCACAACUUCCCCCACCAAUAGACCCACACACGCACGCAUCGACGCCCCACUCACCUGUGAGACUAUCCCAUCUAGUUCACCCUUGCCAUCGUAUCAACCCUAGUCAAUUAUCAGAAGACUGAUUAUCAACUACAUGAACCAUCAGCUGGCCAUGCAGAAUCGCGGCCCAUCGAGUGAUUAAGAGUCCGUCGGUGAUAAGAGUGAGGUUGUUACCGUGUCUUUCCCUUGUUCCGCUCAUCACAUAGGCGAUCAAUAGACUCGUCGAGGCAAACUCAACCUCUCGGAAUCCUCAUUACGAAUCGACCGAACACAGAGAGAGAAUAUCUUGUCAAACCAGUUUCCUUUGUCCCAGAGUCUCGCCGAAGAAUUAAUUAAAACAGAGCCAGAUUCGCUCUCGCGCCCACACGCCCUCACCCACCAUUGUAUCAAACAUUCCGUUAAGAGGAUUUUUAUACUUGCCGAUGAAUCUAUUGACAUAUACUUUCGCCUCUUGGGUAUAAUAAGUGCUAUAUUACCGCCAUAGGAAGUGUGUCAUGCUUGUUUUCAAACUCGACCAGUCGCCGAUUGUGAUCGAUACAUGGGCGAACUAAUGAGAUGCCUGGUAGGAAAAGUAGAGGUUACAAUUGAUAGAAGUGUUUUUAGUCAUUCAGUUCGUUAAAUGCAUAAGUGUUUAUUCAUUCAUUUUAGUCAAAUGCAUAAGAGUUUCGUUAUUCAUAUUGCAUAAUUGCAUAAUUUCACAAAUGCAUAAGUGUUUAUUCAUUCAUUUUAGUCAAAUGCAUAAGAGUUUCGUUAUUCAUAUUGCAUAAUUGCAUAAUUUCACAACUGCAUAAGUUUUUGUCGUUCAUAUUAGUUAACUGCAUAAUCUUGCCCAUGAAUUAUUGACGCAUGUUUGACCUGCAUGAUAGAAUGUCACGUGUUUGUUAGAAUAAAAUUGUUAUCACAGAAGCAUAUUGAGUGUUCUUUCCAAGUCCAUGCAAAACCAUCUUAUUCAUAAGAGCUGUAUCCUGCGAUGAGAUAUGAAAAUGGAGACCUAAAAUAUUAUAACACACACUAGGAUAAUCGGUAAAUGAAUCUAUGAUAAUCGUGUUAUCCUGAUUGAUAACUCUGGAUAAACGAAACUAAGCAAAUUAUCAUAACUGCACACAUUAACAUAAUCACAAGCCUCCGCAUAAAUUACUACGAUUAUCUACGUGAUUAUCAUAAUUUAUGCAUAUAAUCACAUGCAUUAUCAUAAUUUCUGCAUAUUAAUACACACACUAUCAUAAUUAAUGCGAAUUGCGCAUUUUUCGGAAAAUUAUUAAUUUUUAUUAUUUUCAUCAAAAUUUCAUAAUUCCAACACAUACAACAGUGGCACAAGGUGGUGGCCCUGCACUGGCCUGCAUGUAGACAAGAGCCUGUCAGUAGAGGGCGAUGGUUGAUGUGGCACCUUGGUUGUGGAGUUUGUAGGUAAUGUUUGGAAUUUGCUAAAUUUUGACCCAGACACCAGCAUUCGUUUUGAAUGGCGCAAUAGUAUUAGUUAAAAUGAUUGUCAAUAAUUUAGAAUGAUUACUUGUCUGAUGGUGUGCGCACAUGUAACAUUUUGUCUAUAAGGGUCAAACAUUGAAUAAGUGAUGUUAGGACAAAGUUUGUGUUUUGCAAGUAACCUGUACAGAUCACUCGGGUGAGACUCAUUGUUCUUGUGAUACAGGUCAAAGGGUACUUUUGUGUUUUCAGGAAGCGUCUGCCUCUGGAGCAACUCAUUGUCUUUUAAAUAGUGAGCACGCUCGGAUCAUUAAUCAGUUACAAGGCAUACCAAUUAAAAGUUACACGAAAAGGAGGAACAUUCUCUACAACACGAAUUAUAAUUUUGUAUUAUGUGUUGAAUUAGGACGAGAAAUGGUCCUUGCUGAUUGUAAAGUGACGAAAAAAAUUUCACACGAGCGACGCAUCCACGCAAGCUCCCGAUGCUCCGUUUUGAAGUUUGAAAAUGAAACAACUUUGAAUUGUAUUAUGUUUUGAAUUACAUAAAUGUACUUCUUCAUUAAAAGCUUAUUCAUUGAAAACGAUAUUUCGUGUGAAUUUUCUCUCGUCGUGAAGUAGAUGGCCUUGCUGGGGGUUCAGUUUGAUGCGGACUUUCACCUGUUUGGGAUCGCGGGAUCGAGAUGAGGCGACACAGAGCUGGCCGUGCGAUAAGACCGCCGUCUGCAGAUCGAUUCCAACGCGAUCGAACGUCUGUCCCUGCCCCUCCGUCGUUCAUGCAGGGGGCACGUAGGUUUGCAGCGCCCCCUGCAUGAAAGCGACGGAACGUGCAGCGUUCGUCACGAAGUUGUGCGCAAGCGCCAUAACAAGGCGCUGUAAGCUGACCUGCCACCACGUGCACUGGUCAAAAGGGAGCAGGCGAGAGAGAGCGAGGUGUGUAGGGGUCGACCAAAGGUUAAACCCCCGGCCCCCCACCGUGACCGGAGACUAACACCCCUGACCCCCCACUCAUCCCUAAGGCCCAUUAAGAUCCUUCAGAAGGUUCUGGGACGGGGGGGGGGUCAGGAGGGGAGGGGUGAUCUCGACCUGGGGAUAAAAGGCCGGCCCUCUGGACGGACCGGGCAGUGUUCACCAACUCAAGCCUGAGGACAUCCGAAGACCUGAAGACUGGAACAGUACCCGGGGACCCUCAACCGAGGCUCUUGUUAGAGCCGGGUUGUAGCGGACCCGAGGUGAGCUCAGACACUCUGGGACCUUCCCCCAGCUCUAGCCAGAGCCGGGUUGUAGCGGACCAGAGGUGAGCUCUAGUACCCUGGCUGGGACGGGUCGUCCAGUCUUCCCUUAACGCCGGGCUAAGGGACCCGUGGGUGGCAGAGCCCGGAGUGUGCAGGCUGCGAUAGAAACGAGGCUGUCACUCCCGUAGGCUAUCGGUUGGAAGGGGUCGUACCCCUUCGUGUUUCAGUCGUGUGUAGAGCCGAGUUCGAAAGAGUUAUAAUAAACGUGUUGCCUCAACCAGACGUCCCCGUGUGGUUAGUUAAGGACACAACACUUAUAUAAAAGAGUAUAGCCAGUGGGUUUUCAAAGUACCUUCGUUUUACAGAAAUCAAUUUCGCGUGAGCCCACCGCAUUGAAACAAUGCUCAGCUGAGCGAGGCGAGCCCGGGAGGGGGGG